UUGGUCAAUCUGGUUGUCAGUUGUCAUUCUGCGUGUCAUGUGGUUAUUGAAACAUGGCUGCCGCCGUAGAACGCGGACUGAAUGCAAAUACUUGUGGAAACAACAUGGCUUUUAAGAAAACUCUUAAUGCCGCUGCUCCUCUCACUCUGCGAAUUGUUGCUGAGUGUCCCGUGACGAAAGCAAGAGCUUGUGAUGUGGUACUGCCACACUGCACCGUUAGCAGCCCGGUUUUUAUGCCGGUGGGCACGCAGGGGACCCUGAAGGGGAUCACUGUGGAUCAACUGGAGAGUCUUGGAUGUCAGAUUUGUCUUGGAAAUACUUACCACCUUGGGAUGAGGCCGGGUCCUGAUUUGAUCGAGAAAGCGAACGGUUUGCAUGGCUUCAUGAACUGGAAGAGAAAUCUUUUAACUGACAGUGGAGGGUUUCAGAUGGUGUCUCUUGUUGAACUCUCAGAGGUCACGGAGGAAGGGGUCAAGUUCAGGUCUCCUUAUGAUGGCAAAGAGAUCUUGUUAAGUCCUGAGAAGUCCAUCAGUAUACAGAACAGUCUAGGGUCCGACAUCAUGAUGCAGUUAGAUGACGUGGUCAGCAGCACUGUGAAGGGGCCACGAGUGAAGGAAGCCAUGCACCGAUCCAUUCGCUGGUUGGAUCGUUGCAUAGCAGCCAAUAAAAAUCCAGACAAACAGAACCUCUUUGCCAUUAUCCAAGGAGGACUGGAUGCAGAGCUGCGCAAAGCCUGUUUAGAUGAAAUGACCAAGCGCGACGUUCCUGGUUUUGCUAUUGGUGGUUUAAGUGGAGGAGAGGAGAAGGAUGACUUCUGGCGGAUGGUCACACUCAGCACUGACCGCCUGCCUCGUGAAAAACCUCGAUACCUUAUGGGUGUUGGGUAUGCUGUGGACUUGGUGGUAUGUGUCGCUUUGGGAUGUGACAUGUUUGACUGUGUAUUUCCAACCCGAACUGCAAGGUUCGGCUCUGCCUUGGUGCCUUGGGGAUCGCUCCAGGUGAAACAAAAGCAGUAUGCCAAGGACUUUCAGCCCAUAGAUCCUGACUGCUGGUGUCCCACCUGCAAGAGACAUAGCCGUGCCUACCUGCAUGCUCUUUUUAAGAGUGACACCGCAGCUAUGCAUCACGUAACCAUCCACAACAUUGCCUACCAGCUCACCCUGAUGCGCUCUGUGAGGCAGAGCAUUGUGGAAGGCCGUUUCCCGGAGUUUAUAAGGACGUUCAUGAAGAGGAUGUUUCCCUUGCGGGAUCAGUACCCCGGCUGGGCCGUGGACGCUUUAGCUUCUGUCAAUGUGACUUUGGAUUAGAGCUUUCCCCUUUCAAUGGAGAAACCGAGACAAAGACUGACAAAAAAGUAUUUUAUACCUUUUUUAAAUAGCUUUUCUUUUUUUCUUUUUUUUUUUAAAACUGUGUGUAUAUUUUUUAUGCAGCCAAAGUUCUUUUACUGAUGAAAACAUGUGAAUGGAAAAAGCCUUGUCAUUUGGAACAACUUGCUCCAUCAUCAUAUGCAAAUUGUUAAUGCAAGAUUAAAUGGGGUUUAAAUUAGGCUUGAAACAUAUGAAGCAUGUCUUCUGAUAUGGCCUGGGACUUUUUUGUUGUUACCAUGACUACA